AUGCUUCUAUCAUAUUCAACCAUUUUCCUGGCUGUAUACAUCCAAUCCCAAGUCUUUAAUGUCGCGGCUUUGAUUAUACCUGAUCAUGCCUUAGAGAAUAACACUCUCUACGAUGAAGAAAAGCCCUCAGACAGCCAUCUUUUCGCACGAGAUGACCCAGUGACUUUUUUUCACCAGUAUCCCGCGAAUGAUGAAAUGAAAUUCAUAUCGCAGCCUCUUGGAACAGACUUAGAUCAGCUUAAAGAUUACGUUUUUUUGAGUCCUGCCGGAGCUGGCGUCACAGUAUAUGUCCAUGACAGUGGCAUCAAUCUCCGACACAAUGAGUUUACAACAGCAUCCAAAAAUUUACCGAAGGCCAACGUUGGGUGGCUAUACCCCUCUAGGCCAGAUCUCAACGUUGAACCAACCACAGAUCCCACUGGGCACGGAACCUGUGUCGCAGAUAAGGUGGUAGGCCAUAAAUUUGGAGUGGCUAAGAAGGCUAAUCUCCUGAUGGUGCCGUGGAUUGAUCUUGCAGACUUUGACUGGAUGAAAGCAGGGUUGAGAGCUAUCAUCGAUGAUAUCAAAGCGAAGAGGGCAAAAGACCCGGAUUUUUUGGCAGUUGUGAACUUCAGCUACAAAUUUGGAAAUACAGUAGCUCUACGCGACAAAGUAGAGGCCUGCCGAGCUCUAUAUAAGGAGAUUUACGACUUGGACGUUGUGAUGGUAUUUGCUGCAGGGAAUAGCGGAGACUAUGGCAAGACUGAACUGAAGCAUUAUCCUGCGCUCUUUACGAAAGACUUCCCGAAUGCUAUUGUGGUUGGGUCAGUCGAUAUUAAUGGUUACCCAUCGAAGUUCACUGAGGGUGGACCACUGGUGCAUAUCUCGGCCCCAGGAGCAACCGACAGCGAAAAUGGAAUUGAGUGUGCUCAAGGGACAGGAAGGUCUGCUACAUGGCGUCCAGAAGGCACUUCUAUUGCUGCACCAACUAUUUCUGGAUUUGCAGCAUAUUUGCUAUCAAUUGAGCCCGCGUUACGAAAGCAGGGAUCCGUGGCAAAGAACGUGAAAGCAAGAAUUCUCAAACUGGGCUAUAUACGUGCAGUUGGGGCUUUAAAGGGUGUACCACCUAUGCCUGCUAUUUGGAACGGGCUAGAAGGAGCACCAGCAUGCUAA